AAGUGGGCGCGUGUUGAAAAGAGUCGUAGCCGUCCUGAGGAAAAUCAUAUCUGAUGUAAGGAAAUGUUAACCAAGAAUUAUUCCAUGAGAUGGCGAUGUAUGCUUAGCUAAGAGCCUUUUAACGCUUGUGUAAAGGGAACCUCGUUCUUCAAGAAAACAACAAGUCGUUUUGCCGCAGGAAGUUCAAAACAUAACAAUCACUGGUUGAGUUCAGUUCUGUUUCCGCUUCCAAGGCGGUUGCACCCCAAAGGGUAUACUAAGACGACUACAAUGGACGCAAUUCAAGUCACCACUGGUCUGCUGCUUGUUUUGAGUACAAUAGUUCAAGCAGAAGACAAAGUGGCAGAUACACACCCAACAAAAUCAAACAGAAAGAUCCCUGAAGGCUUUUACCUUUCUUCAAAUGCUAUUUACGCAAAGAAUGGCACUGAAGUUAUUGAACUCGACAAUGUUACAUUUACUGGAAACGUGUUAACAGAAGCUGAACUUUCCCGCUUCAGUUUCGACGAGAAAUGUUCUCGCGGUCUUCCCUUGUCCGCAUCGUGGCAAUACUACGGACCGUACUCGAAACCUUCUAGACGUGGCAGUCAAAUAGCCGUGGAGGGCAUCUUUCCUCAUAUGAUAAACAAAAUGCUCCACGUUUGUUGCAACAGCUCCGCGACUGUAAAGUUUGGAAAGAUUUUGGAUUCCAUUCGUGGACUGGAAGAACAACUAGACCAUCCAGACAAAGCGUAUGACUUUAGUUUUCCCAUCACGGGUAUGAGUCUGGAAGACGUAGCGUUUAAAGACAUGCCAUAUAUACCCUUUGUUCAAGCGCCCAGAGUGGCGCUACUUGUUCAUGAAACGGCCGAAGACAACAAAACAACCCAGCUAAUGAACACGGUGUUUAAAGCCUGGCCCAUCCUCAUAUUCAUACUCGUCGCUGCGACGCUGUCGGGAAUCAUCAUUUGGCUUUUGGACCGUCUCAAAAACCCAGAUGAAUUUCCGCGUCCGUUUAUCAAUGGCACCUGGGAAGGCUUUUGGUGGGCGUUCGUCACCAUGACCACUGUUGGAUAUGGCGACCGUGCACCCAAGUCAUUUUUGGCGCGAAUCUUUUGCAUCGUCUGGAUUCUGGUGGGAAUAAUAAUCAUAGCCAUUUUCACCGCCAUUGUAACAGCCUCGUUAUCAGCCAGUAUCCAGCAUCAUUUCAUUGUUCAUGGCUCAGUGAUCGGGGCAGUAAACGGUAGUGAAGAGUAUCGCCUUGGAGUAAGCUUAAAUGCUGACAUGAAACCUUAUCAUGCCAUACCAAAGAUGAAUUCUGACUUGCUGGAAGAGAGAUUAAAGGGUUCUCUGAUAGACAACUACGUACUUACUUACUACAGUAAUUUUGUGAAGGAUAACGACGAAGUUCGGAUAGAGACUGCCUUUGAACACGCGAUUACUUAUGGUCUGGCAAUUCGAUCAAACGCAUCAUCACCUCGGUUAGAAUGUUUCCGGCGGUAUCUACGGAAUCACCCCCAAGAGUCGUUUGAAAUCAUCGCUAAGAACCUCGAACCACUUAAGAAUCCCACUGAUGAAGUAAGCCAAGAGGUAAAAGCAUCCGAAGGACUUUUCUUUUUUAAAGAAGAAGCCUUUCAAAACGUGCUUUUCAUCCUGAUAGGGGUGCUGGGAUUUCUUCUACUCGUUGGAAUAGCCUGGGAACUACUUUAUCAUCGACCCAAGCGACGUCAAAAGAGUAAGGCUACGGAGGACGAAAGUGCAAUUAUCUCGUUAACUCCUGCACCAAACAGCUGUGACUGUCAUGAAAUGUUCCUCAGUCAUCAAACAGUACAAACUAUCAAGUACAAAUCCGCAAAGAUCAAAGAACUCAUCCGAGAAUACGAGGAGUAUUACGAUGCCUGGUUACAAAGGGUGCGAUCUGUUGAGCACGAAGGAAAUGGCAUAACGCCACAAAUGGUGUGACUGAAUUUGCGUGAGAGACCUUGCGUGACAGCUUUACUUUAUUAAUUUCACAUCAGAAAACAAGAUCUCAAGAUCGUUCAUUUGGAUUAAAACAAAUUUUCUCGAGCUAUUUCCCUUUUGUGCAAUGUAAGAAAAUUUUCAUCACCUGAAGGAGAAGAGAGGGGGAGGUGCCGGUCCCGAUGACAGUACAUUUUCGUUUUUUUUUUUUUUAUAUUAAAGAAAGACCAAGAACCAUAAAUAUGGUUGAAUGGCAUUGUACUGACUUGCUGUAUUCUCUCCGUUAUGAAUGUUUAAAUCAUUUGAUGUAGCAUGGACUAACACCAAACUUUAUAAGUUUACAAAUCAGUCAACCCUUUAACUCCCAGGAUCUGGUUCUUAAUUCUCCCCUCUAGCUGCUACAAAUUUCCUUGCAAAUAAGUUGCAAGAAUUUGGUGUUAGAUCAAGAUAAAAACUUCUACCUGAUACAUUUGAAUACUCUCAUUACCAGUUUGCUAGAUAUAGAAAUUGUAGGGAGAAGUUUCAUGUGAAUCACUUCUUGGAGUUAAAGAGUUAACUAAUGCUCUUACUAAUGAGAAUGUGUGUCUUACUUUGUCACUUCUAGAAGCAUUGAAAGGUUAAAAGGUUACUUGUUUUCUCACUAAAAGUAACAAAAAAGGGUGAAAAAAAGUUUAGGAGGCACUUAACUUAUAGAAUGUGUAUGUUGAACAGCUUGGCAAAUCUUGCCAUAUUGUUGCCUGUCUCAUGAUAACUAUAUAUACUGAUAACUGAAUUAUAACAAACACAUCAAUGUUUGUUCAAUUCCUCCCUCAACUCCUCCAAAAGCAAAGCAUGAGAGAGAAAGAAAUGUGUGCAGCACCCAUUUCAACAAGCUCCACCCUGGCUCUAACAACAUAAGUAAUGACUGCUGCUUACCUUGAAGUAGAGAAUCCAAUUAAAGCCACAUCAAGUUCAAGUGCUAUGCUUUUUCUAAAGAACUAAGAAUGCAAGAAAUCAGUGUGUGAGAUAACAGAAACACAGAAGCUUAAUAGAAGCAGUCACCACUGUGUUGAGGCAAUCUUGAUUACAGGGACAAUGUACAUAGCAUUCCCCUCCCCCAAAGUGCCGGAUAGCCUGAAAUUGUAAUUAUAUGUCAGCAAAGCUUAGUACCCGAGUUAGUAACCAUUCAAUGGCAUGUUACCUUAAACUUGCCAUUUAAUGGGUAACAACUUGCAAAUCAGUGCUGCGGUGUUACCCAUCAAAAAGUAUUUGGCAGAACUUUUAAUAUUUUAAGAUGUGUCAUUUCUAAUCUGUAAUUGACUUUUUAAGAGUGUGUUUAUUGAACAUUGAGUAACAUCUUAUUGAUAUUGGUUGCGUCAAUAUUGUUCUGUGUGUAGGUGCACACAUCAUGCACACCAAUAAGCAUGCAGAAAGUGCUUGCCUUAGUGCCCAGACCAACCACUUGAAGACGGGCAAACAGAUACACUGACACAAGACCUGCCAGCAAAUCAGCCACACCCAUAGCAAAGGGCAGAGAAAGAAACUUAAGGACAGAGAAUUCUACUUGUCUGUCCUUAAACAGAAAUCAUUUACAACCAUAGCUGUUCUGCAACACCUAAAGGCUUCACAAGGGCUCAAAGCACAUUCCAUGUGCAGUGGAAGCUUAUUCACUAAAUCUACUCAGCUUAAGUAGUAGAUUUUUUAUCUUUAUCAACUUUAAUUAAACAUGAAAGUUAUUUAAGUCUGCACAAAGGAUAGAC